AUGGCACGACAAGAAAUGAAAACCGCAAAUCAACAAAUGAAACUCCCAUGGCAAACUGAAUGGAUUUGGCACGUUCACCGUCUUCAUCCUUUAAACUAUCAGGCUGAUUGUACUAAACAACUUCCAGAUGGAGAAUUAGUUGAUAAAAAAGUUCGUCAACUUCUUCAUAAGCAUAAAAACAACCACAAUUCAAAGGUAUCAUUUCCAUCCAUCACAACACGUUUUUUUUUCGUUCCAACAAUUGAUUUAAAAAAAGCCGUCUUUAAUCAACGGGACUUUCUUGAAAAAUUUCAAAAACAUUAUCUCUAUUUAUCCGACUUGAAAAAGUUUAAUCGUUGGCAAUUCGAAAAUUUAGUACAAAAUUAUAUAUCAUUUAUGAAAUUAGCUCAAAAAGACGAAAUGAUUGUGCCAACUUUUGAUAUUGAUGUGAUCUGGCAUACACAUAUGAGAUAUCCAUCACAAUAUCAAACCGUUUCUACAGCUUUAUGUGGUUUUAUUGUUGAUCAUAAUGAUGAUAUUGAGUCAAAUACACUGAAAAAUGCUUAUAAGAAAACUGCUGAACGAUGGGAAAACAAUUAUCAAUCAAAAUAUGGCUCCAAUAUUGAUCGAAAAAAAGUAGAAACAUCACAAUAUACGAGUUCAUGUGCAAUGGUCUUCGUACCAAUUUUCAUUGCGGGUAAUUAUGGAGCAUCUUCAUGUGGAGCGAUUGGGGGUGGUUGCGGAUCGGGUUGUGGAGGCGGAGGUUGUGACGGUGGUGGUGGUGGUGGUGGUGGUGGCGGCUGUGGCGGAGGUGGAGGAUGUGGUGGUGGUGGCGGUGGCGGUGGUAGCUGUGGUGGCGGAGGUGGCGGAAGUUGUGGCGGAGGAGGCGGAGGCUGUGGAGGUGGAGGAUGUGGAGGUGGAGGAUGCGGAGGUGGCUAA